UAGUUGUUUGUGUUUAUGUAACCACUCCCACCUUCCAUGUCGCCACCGCACCCACUUCCAACACAGAACCCCAACACAAUGCACGAGUCUCGCCCUGGCGUAGAAGCAUGGUAUAUGUUUACUUGACUUGAGAGGCUUAGCUUCCUAUUCAACGCGUCUCAUUUAAUUGCCCAAUACUUGUCCUCUCCGAGUCUUCAUGGGCAUUCCUCUUCUCCGCGUCACCGAUUUCUAUUACCUGCGCGCAACUCAUUCACGUUUCCGACGUGUACGGUAUCGUGAUCCCGCGCUGACGCUCACUCUUUUACCGCUCGACGUGCUCAAGUUCAUGCCUUUUCUGAGCCAAAAAGGACAUUCGAGGCGAAGAAAUUGAGUUGAUGCAACGGGAAUCUUCUCGAUCCUCGAUCUUUGAUGAUUUUUCUGUCAUUAUGACUGCUCUCAGCUCAAUGAGGCGAGCGAUGACAGAUGGGUACGGAGACAUGUCACUACAAGCUAGCCCGAUUUCUUGUUUCGUGCACAAUAUUGUCGCUACCUCGUUCCAGGAACUGACAGAUAAGAUGGUUUUGGUUUAGGAUCGCGGCCUCUGGUGACCGUCCAAUAACGUACUUAGUACGGGAGUGGUGAUAGGGGCGUACUAGUGCGUAGGUGUGCGCUUCGACCGCAUUUUUUUCGGGAUUUUUUUUGCUAUAUAAUUUCGCUUUUUUUCUCCCUCGGCUCAGGCGCGUCCUUUGUUCUCGUUCGUCCAGAAUGAAGCUGUCCACCGCUUUCCUUUCCGUCUUGCCCCUCGUCGCCACCGCGUUUGCUUCGACCUCGAACCAUACGGUCGAGAAACGUCAACUAGCCUCCGUUAUCACUUCCUGCUCCGAGCCAAACACUGUCGCGCUCACCUUUGACGACGGUCCUUGGGAGUACAUUUAUCAGCUUGGCAAUCUCAUUCACGAUGCAGGCGGAAGGGCAACCUUCUUCUUCAACGGGAACAACUGGGAUUGUAUCUACAAUCGCGCCGACGGUAUUCGUUAUGUAUACAAUCAAGGCCAUCAGUUGGCUUCCCAUACCUGGACACACGAUGAUUUGACCACAAAAAACUGGGACCAGUUGCACGACACGUUUUGGAAGGUCGAGCAAGCACUCCAGCGUAUCGCAGGUGUAACUCCAGCUUUCAUGCGUCCCCCGUACGGUAACUACAAUGACCUAGUCCGUCAAGUUGCAGCAGCUCGCGGUCAAUCCGUUACCCUCUGGGACUUUGACUCUCAUGACGGCGAUGACAACGCACCCCCAGACUGGCAAUUGCGGUCCGAAUAUGGACAUCUGCUAUGGGACUUGCGACCGAACAACGUCUUGGCUCUCAAUCACGAAUUUAACUAUGACACCGCUUACAAUGUGAUGUGGCAAGUCGUCCAAUGGUGCAAUCAACUUGGGUAUAAGAUGGUCACCGUUGCAGAGUGUGUUGGUCAACAGCCGUAUCAGAAUGUGGGAAGUCCUCAGAGUGGAAACUGGCAGUGUUAGUCGGAACGUCGCACGCGUUUUCAUCGGACACUCUUCUAUUUCUGUGAAGGACUUGAUGGAUUCUCAUCUUGAUCGCAACUGAGGACUUUGUCUAACUUAAUUUUUGGACUUUGGUAUAUUCUUGGUAUUUUCCCUGUCGCUCGCUUACUGUGUAUCGUCGGACUCGUUACAAAACCCCUUUUUACCGAUACAUACAUACUUUUUUCAAUAACCACUUGAUAUUCCCCAAUACCGUAAGGAGCCGA